AUGAGAAAGUUACUCCUCGAUAAGGUUCGUGAAGACUUUUCACAACGACCUUCCACAUCCUUUAACAUUACCUCUGUUCCACAACCACCUCCAAUGAUGUUGCAUCAACACCCUCCUUCUACAUUCCCAUCCAUCAUGAAUUCGUCGUAUCCAUCUGGCCAGAGCAAUCAAGAUUCAUUGUCUCAACCAACACUCGUCUCCUCUGUUCCAACACACUCUGAGGACGACAUCUCAAAUACCAAAAAGAGAAAGUCCAUGAAUGAAGCUCAUUCCAAUGGUUCUACUUUAGCUAACACGAACAACAAUACCUCUUCGUAUGCCGUUCAAACCAGAAAACGAGCAAAAAGCCAUGAAGUGAUUUCAAAUACCUCUGGAGUCUCUCACUCUUCAUCGGAUGUCAGAGUGGAACAGCAUCAAACUGUUUGUUGCAUUGAGGGUUGUGCCAGAGAUGUUUCCAACCGAUUAAGAUUCUCAUUGAGAUGUCCCACAGAAUUCAAACGAGAGUUCAUAGCAUCAGAUUGGAACAAUGUGUGCAAUUAUUGCUAUUUCCAUGAUUUGUAUCAAUGGAAAAAGUUGAACAUGCCUACUACCAAUGCUUCCACAGGAGGAGAGAAUAAGAAGCAGCAGCAGCAUGGAGUCACUGCACGAAAACGAUCGAGUUCGAGUGUGAGUUCAUCGACGAAAUCUUCAUCGACGUCGAGCUCGACACCCUCUAACUCACCUCCCAUGAUUUCCAUUCAGCAACAUGCACAACAACAGCAACCCACCCUCUCUCAUCCAACAACAACAACCCAUCCUUCAUUGUAUCCUAACAAUCACUCUGUGUCAGAUCACUCCAAUACGAACAAUACUCAAUUACCUUCCAUGAACAGUACUUCAUCUUCACCUGUCUAUCCCAUGAAAAAGACCAUUGCUAAGAAACCACUCAAAAUUGAUACUAGUUUCACGACCAGUACGAGUACGCAAUUGUGUCCUCCUUCUCACAUGUUAUUAAGGGCAUCUCAAACUCAAAUGAAUAUUCAACCACAACCUCCUCAACAACAAAACAUGUUGGUGGAUCCUUCGCCAGUGCAUCGUGAAGAUGUAAAUACGUUGAUUAAGUUCUUACAAAUUGCCUCAACGAAUAGCAUGUAA